GUAGAUGUGUUGCAUAUAGUGAAAAGUCGAGCCUGAUAAUAAAUGAAAUUGUUUAUGUGAAUAAUUUUGAAUAAAUAUGUUAUAUGUGAGAAUUAAAGCUAAUGAAAGAUACUAAUGUUGAUUGGUUAGCAUAAGUCCUAUUCAAUCUACUUGUGUAACCCAAGUAUACAUAAAUGUAUUGCUUAUGUGUACACAUCUGAAUGCAUAUGUACAUAUGUAUGUAUAUGCUGUUUAAUCUCGAGUGAAAAAACCAAUAACUUGUUUUGUGCAUGUGUACAAGCAAACUUACUCCUGCAUAAUGGAUCUAUCUCUAACUGCUUAAAUUUCGGAAUAUUUGGAAGAGGGCAUUGAGAAAAUUGGUUCGCGCAAACUACAAUGUUUGCAUUUGCAACAUCUACCUUCCGUCAUUAAACGAAUGGUAUCUGAAAGCGAUCCAGUCUAUUUCUAUUAAUAUAGUAAAUAGUACCAGGUAUAUGAUCGGAGUCACAUUGAAGAGUACAAUACCAUGCCUAAAACGAACCACAACUUUCGAAUCAAGGUUAAAAAACGAUAUUCAAGAAAAGGUUUCCAACAUGAAUAUAAAAGGGAAAUUGAAAGAAACUUAAGGGGACGUUGUAUUCGAAACUCAACCCCCAAAACAAGCGCCUCAACAGUAUUUUAUAACCAUUUUUUCGCACCAGCGGCAUUAGAUAUUUGUGCUUAUAAAACGUACUCUGGCAGUGUUGAAUGUAAAACCAACGCCAAGCUGGUUAUGCCCAGAUUUAUGGGUUCCAUUUUCGACUCACUCUUGCCUCAAAAAAUGCUUUCACGUCAACACCAUCAUGUCCACUUUUUAUUUCUAUUAUUGAUUGCAAUUAAUCAAAUAUCUUUGUCGCAGUCUAUAUUAUUGGAGGAAUUAAGUUCAAAAGACAAUAGAACAAGUUCGCAAGAAAAGUCCAUUGGAAAUGAUAACUUUAGUAACAGCACUGGAAGUAACAUGAUUUCUGGAACCUCACCUAUCGUGCAAAAGGAUUAUUUGGAAAAGUUAAAUAACUUUGAGCGUAGUGUCGCAGCUGUAUUAAUAAAAGUCGCUUAUGGGACAACAUCUACAACAAAGCGAAGCAUACCCGAAACUAGUUAUUCCCUAGGUCCAACUACUGUUGCCACACCAUUUUUGACGACACAAAGAUAUCCCUCCGUACACAAACAACAUAGUGUCAGUGGUCGUCAAAAAAAUUAUGAACUAGACUUAGAGAGAGAUCAUGCGUUGCCCACAUCUGCCCCCAACGCUGAUAUACUAAAAAGUAAUAAUAAUCCGACUUACCCAAAUCCAAACCGCCAUCAUUCACAUGAUAGAGACCGACACAGGAAUACCGUGCAGUAUAAUUCGACUCCGAUACCAUCUAUUCCCAACCUUUUGAAAAAAUCAAAUGGAGGACAACUACCAACAAUACCAAUGUACCCUGGUGAUAUUCCAUCCUAUUCCCCGCCGUCUCGAGCAUUCUUUACACCGCCAUUGCCGCCGGAGUAUCAAAAUCCCUUUGCCGACAAGCCUACCUUACGUGGUACCAAUAAUGAGGGUCUAAUUGCAAUUAAUAGGCGUCCGAUACCACCUCCUAGUUUGAUGCCUAGUCAGGAUCGGAUCCCCAUUCGACCACCAGAUCUGGCUGGCAAUAGUAACGAUGCCAUUGUUAAUCCAUUGGCGGAUUUAAGUUACUCUAAUUCUGGUUUAGAUGAAAAACACUCUCUUGAAUCAACUGUCUUUCACGGAACGGUGUCUGAUGUGUCCACAACAGAUCGUAAAAAAGCUCUCAAUACACCGGCACGUGCCAGCGGCGAGGACCUUUUAAAUGAAAAGACAACCAGGGUAAAGGGACAGGGGUCUCUUGAACCGGGUGCCAAUGACCCUAUUAAAAGACAAGAAGUUUUACCCAACAUAAGACGUAUUUUGGGAUCGAAUGGAAGGAACAGCGACAUACCAGCAGUGUUGUUAAAGCAAGUAACUCAGCGACCCAUAAUAAACAUGCGCAACCCGCCUUCUUCACCAAUUGUACUGAUUGAAAAGUCCUUAACGAACGAGGAAAACUCAGAUGCUGAUGGAUCCUCCAUGGUUAGUCCUAAUAUAAAUCAGAGCAAGUACCAGCCUGGUCAGUUGGAUUACUAUGACAAUGCUAAUCAGACUACAGGAACCACACCAUCAGCAGCUGCUGCCAUUGGGGAAGUGUCGGCUACCUCAUUUUCAUACGCCACUACAAACGCGGGCCAGCCAGGACAUACAGGAAAGAAUACUGACGCUGUUAAGGGUUUGGUUCCGAACCUAGGCGAUCGUGAUGCUGUCGCCGCCUCAGCUGCAGCCGCUUCAGCACACAGUACAUGGACCUGGGCCUGGAAUAUUCACAUCUAUCUGUCGGUUGUUCUGUUUACCAUUUUAUCGGUAUAUUCGCUUUACAAACUGCUGACCUAUAACAAGCUUACACAUUUGUUUGCACAGUCUUAUUUUGUGUGCAUCCAUCUCAUACUUAUUGUGACCUGCAUAAUGCGAAUAUUUUUUCUUUGUUUCGAUGCAUACAACGUUCAUGGUUCCUUUAAUAUAUUUACCUCAGAACUCUUGCUGAAUCUACCUUCGACAUUCUUAACAGUAGCUUUCUCUGUACUUAUAUUGUUUCUCUUCCUCAAGUCUUUGAACCACAAAAACAAUAGAUAUUCAGCUCUGAUAAGGCCGCUAACAGUGGUUGUGGGCUGUGGCGUUCACGUUGUGCUUUGCAUUACAUUGCAUUACGUUGAAUCCUAUACUUUAAAAAAUCAUCAUUUAUAUUUUCAACAACAGCAGCAACAGCAGUACUUUCGCAGGCAGCAUCUUCAUAAUCAGCAAGGCCAAGGUAUUGCUACAAUGUCUCCUUCGGCAAUUUUGCCUCCGCCUCCCCGAGUCUUGACCCUUAUAUGUCAGAUAAUUUAUAUAUUUAUAUGUCUGAGCUUGGGACUAUUAUAUCUCUACUUGUAUCGGAUUUUAAAACGCAUUCUUCGCAGCAAAUCUCAAAACUAUAUACAUGGUUAUCAGAAUUUAUCCUACGCCAUACACAUUACGAUUGCCACGGCUCUACUGUUUGUUCUACUUGCCGCCCUCCAAAUAUUCGGUGCCAUAUGUAUUUCGUCAUCUCGUCAAACUAAUAUAUUAGAUGUCGACUGGCUUCAAUGGGGAUAUCAGUUCUCUCUACGUCUUAUAGAGAUAGCGAUAAUAACUUUAAUUUCAUGGGUAACCGGACUUAAAACCAGUGUCGGGCACGAUACAUUAAAUGCUGUGAGUGGGGAUGUUCGAAUGGUCGGUUCCGGACCGGGACCUAUGGGUGCGUAUGGCCAGGAUGGCGGUUCAACCAACAAUGCCAUCAGAGAAAAACAUGUUGGAAACGGCACUGGCACACACAACUCAAAUGUGACAAACUUCUUUCUGCCGUGCACAUCAAGCUCUAGUCAGGAGCAGUUUGAAGGCGACUAUCCAGCUAUUUGCAACGCUAAUACCAAUCUUCACACAUACACAAUGCGCACGGGUAAACUUAUAUAUGACGAUAGCUAUGCCCUGAAUUCUAUAGGGCCCUCAGCCACUGGAUCUUCAAACAGUCGCCCCUGCGAGUAUCAACUGCAGGAGCCUAUGUACCAAAGGCCUUAUGAUACGGGUUCCAUUGGAAGUGCUCUAAAUGGUCAGAACGUAACAGAUUAUGGAAAUAAAGCUCAGAACUACAAGCAACAACAUCAAUCACAUCAAUUGCACUUUCACGAGCAGCCCACCUAUAUGAGUACGGACUAUAUGACAGAUGCUGCACCAGACCAUUACGAAAAUCCGAAUUUCAAUUUGCGCAACACUAACAGUACAAAAGCUGAACAAAUGCAAAAGGAAAUGUAUGAUAAUAAUGGAGUUGGUUCCACCUCAGGUUCUGGAUCUUCACAGCACCAAGUGGUACUUUUGCAAAAUGACAAUUGCUAUUCUGAGCCACUUGAACAGGAAAACAAAAGGUAUGAAUUUAACAUCUUUGAGCGUCCUGUGUUUAAAGACAAAUCAGCUCACAACAUUCAGUCCAACACUGAGUGCUUUGAAGAUCGUCAAAAGAUAACAAACGGUCGAAAAUGUGAAAGAAAGUUUGCUGGUAAUGGUACGUUAGAACGUAAUUUCUACGAAAACAAGAAUCCCGAGCGCCGCAGUUCAAACUCAACAAAUUCCUGCUCCUCAUCCAAUGGAGGAGGAGGGGGGCGAUAUGCAAGCUAUAGUUCGUAUGAGCGCGGAUUCUUCAACGGCGUUUGUAAGAGUGGCACUUUGAGCAGUAUUGCUGGUGGUGGAAUAACAUCGGGCGGAGCUGUUCCAGGUCGUAAUCUAGAAGUACCAAUUGUUUCUGCUGGAACUCAACGAAUAAUUGCCAAUGGAGCACAGACGUUGGGUAUAUCGGAUAGAGACAGAGCCCAGUACUAUCAGAGAGCAAGUGGACGUACUUCGAAUUUGAGGUCAUUGCAGGAUGGUACUGGAACUGACAUGUUUAAAAGUAUACCCAUAAGGCAGCAUCAACUACAACAGCUAUCUUAUAAUCACAAUUCGGAAGAUGAAGAGGAAGAGGAGGAAGACGAUAUAAUAUCAGGAAGCAAUGUAGAGUGUACAAACUUGAUAAACAACGAUACUGGUUCUGUCGUUAUUGCCGAUGACAGCGCUCCAGCUUCUAUUUCCAUAAACGGCAAAACGUCAUCAUAUGCCAGCGCAGUAGCAACUAAAAAUUUUUCGAAUGACCCGCUUUUACAUGCAAAUGUGAACGCACACGCACAGUUGCAUAUUCAAAAUACUGGAAAGCUUCGUUCUGAGUUGUGCACUGCUUCAUCAGCUUCGGUUGCGUCUGCAUCUUCGAACUCAUGCACAACAUCCAGUGCUUCUGAUAGUAUGUUAGUAGCAGAUCAGGGCUUUCUUCGUUUUCGGUCCAUAGAGGAUCAAAAUAGCGCCCAAAGUGGAAACAAUGUAGAAGCCGAAAGGGCUGUUGUAUCUUCCCUUCGUCUUAAAAGUUGCAGUGCGACUGUAAGUGGCAUUGAUUGCUAAGAUUUUACGUCCCAGAUACAUAGCUUUGCAUGUCAUAACGAUAACCAUUUUGUUUCUGUAACUCACUAUCAAUCAAACACUGCAUUGAUUGCCCGUUUAUGCCAAUAAAAGUAGUUAAAUCACCACUUUCUACUAUCUUCAAACUUGUGAUAUAUAUAUAACAAAAAAUAGCGAAAAGCAGAAUUAAAUCAGUAAAUAUACGAUUUUUCAGUAUACCCCUUUUUCAUUCGGUAAAAAAUUAUCUUAUUCUCAAAAUAAAAAAAAUAAAUUAAUUAUACAUUCAUUUGUAAAAAAAAAAGAUUUUAAUGCUUAGCUGGGAAGUUUCAAGUUUAUGCUUUACUUCAUUACAUAUAUGUAUUUUUAUUCACGAACCCAUAUACCUUAAAUAACUCAUAGAUCGAUUUAAGCAUCAUAAAUGUAUAUUUCGUCCGUCACAAUAUAUUAUUUACCUAGUAAAUAUGUAUAUAAAUAAUUACAUAUACUGAUUAAAGAUUUUAUAAUAUAAAUAUUACCCUUGGAAGUACAUUUGUAUAAAUUGUAAUGUUUAUUAUUUUUAACUAGCAACACCAUCCUUUAUAAUAGCUUACAACCCUCUUUUCCUGUUAAUUAGACAAGCGCAACACAAAAGCAAAUUGAAAUGGAUUGCUCUACGUUUUUUUUUUCAAAAAAAGGUUUUUUUAUAAUUUAUUUUUAACUUUGUAUUUAAAAAAAAAUUAUCUUGUUUUCGAAAUUUAACAACACAAAAUAGACCCAAUUUAUAAAUUAAAAGUUAAGUGACUUUGAUAUAUUUAAUGAUUUAAUUAAGCAUAAGACACAAGUAAAAUUAUGAUAAUAAAAUAAAAAUUGUUUUUAUUCACAUUCAAAUAAAUCUAAAGCAAACGGUGUAAAAAGAAACAUGCGUUUUUAUGCUAACUAAUCUUUCAAUAGAGUUUUUUGAAAAGGCCGACAAACGUAAUACUGCAAAUGAUAUUCCCUUUUCCUUUAUUUCGCAUAGUUGGCCUAUGCAAAAGUGAAUUUAAUGUUUAUUGAUUUAAUGAAGAUUAAAUAUUUACUAAGGAACAUAUACAAAAAAUGCUUUUCAUAUAAGUAAAACGGCCUGUUAUAAAUAAACGUUAAUUACAUAGUACUGAUUAGUUAAGGCUUUUGCAUUUUUUAUUGUUGACAUCAUCAAAAAUAAAUGUAUUCGUAAAAAUACUUCUACAUUAAGGAUACUAUUUAUAAGGUUAUAGUUUAAAUCUUUCAAUGCAACACCUUAAACCCGUCAAUGACUUGUUAGGAAGCCAUACAUUACUAUUAUUAUAUAUAACCUGUAAAUAUAUUUUUAUAUCUAUAUGGAAUAACAUAUUUCCAUAAUAAUGAAAUGACAAACAUUUACCAACAAUAUUUCCGAAUUAUAAUUAUCCUUUACUUACAUAGUACACAUAAACAAAGAAACAACAUGUAUGCGUAUUCUUGAAUGUAAUUAACUUUAAUAAGCUAGCCAGGCAAAAAUAAAUAUAAAAUACUAAAUUUAAAA